UUCGUCUUUACCUGUCCGGGCUGCACACCUGAGCGGACUCACCUGUCCGCCGGAGGAAAACAAAAGAACACACACUUCUCGCUUCUUCUUUUUUUGCCAUAGCAAAGAGAAAGAGAAGGAGAUUUAAAAAAAAAGAGGAGAUUAAAGCUGCCGCGAGGCUCCCGAAACCAGAAGAAAGGUGGUAAGGAGGAAAGAGACGAGGGGACAUUUUUUUUUUUUUUUUCCAACUUUGGAGUUUCCUGCUUUUGAGAACUUUUUUAAGUGGACUUCACGUCGCGACUUCGCCACCGACCUCCUUUAUUAAAAAAUAUAUUAUUAAUUCAAUAAUAAAAGGACGGAGUCGUAGUCCAACAUGCCGAGGACGUUUCUGGUGAAAAAGGCGAAUAUUUCGCCGGGAAAGCGGAACUGGAGCGAGCUCCCGGAGCGAGGCGACGUCUACGUCCCAGUCUCCGUCUACCCGUCGCCGGUCCUGAUGAUGGAGGCGGAGGCGAGUCCCGCCGAGGCGACGCCGCUCUGCCUCACCAAGCCGUCGCCCUCCGACACGCAGACGCACGCCGAGCUGCCGUCCAGCACGAUGCUCGGCCGGCCGCCGCGGAGCCCGGAGGGGAGGACGGACGUGAGGACGGACGUGAGGAGGCGGGCGCACGGCGGUUCCACGUACGUCCGCUCUAAAAUCAAGGUGACCACAGGUGAUCUGCGGCCCCUCCCCCCUCCGGCUCCUCUCUCGCUGCCCCCCCUCCCCCCCACGCUGUCCUACCUGAUGCCGUACGCCACCGAGAUGCCGGUCGCCUUGACGACGACCCCCGACCCCGCGAUGGAAGCGGUCUCCAUGGUGACCAGAUCGACAGGUCAAAGUCAGAGUUUGUUGUCGGAGGUGACGGGACCCACGGGGGCGUACGUGUGCCAGGUUUGCCAGAAGACGUUCUCGUACCAGCGGAUGUUGAACCGACAUCUGAAGUGUCACAACGACACCAAGAGGCACCUGUGCACCUUCUGCAACAAGGGCUUCAACGACACCUUCGACCUCAAGAGACACGUGCGCACGCACACAGGCGUCCGGCCUUACAAGUGCACGCUGUGCGACAAGGCGUUCACCCAGCGCUGCUCCCUGGAGUCCCACAUGAAGAAGAUCCACAGCGUCACGCAGAAGUACGCCUACAAGGAGCGGCGCAACAAGCUGUACGUGUGCGAGGAGUGCGGCCUCACGGCGGGCACCCAGGACGAGCUGCUCAUCCACCUGCACUCGCUGCACCCCGACAGCGCCCUGCUGAAGGGGAAGGCGGCGAGGAGGGGCGGGGGGGGCGGGGACGGCGAGGGGGGGGGGUCGUCACCGGGGUCGCCUCAAGGAGCCGACAGCGACGACACCACCGGGUCGGCGGGCCAGUAGAGGACGUGAGGACGUGAGGAAGGAUACAACGUACCUGUCAAUUACAUAACAGUGGGGAAAUGUGUGUAUAUAUGUGUGUGUGUGUGUGUGUGGAUUUGGGUCUUUCUAUAUGUACCACAGACUUUAAACCAAAUGAUGCACACACACAAAAAAGUGUGACUUUUUUUUCCCAGGUGUGAUUGUGACGUGAGCUCAUCGACGCGUCGGUACCGACACAUUUUCUUUUCUUUGUCUGUUUGUAAAUAUUUUCCGUGGGCGACUUUUUGUACAGCAAAAAAAAAAAGAAGAGUGAAAAAGAGAUGAGAUGAGAUUUUCUAUGAAAGAAGUACUUUGUUCAUUAAAGGGAGUAAUAUAUUACAAGAGACAUAAUGUUCUUUAUUUUUCCUUUUUUUUAAGUUGUGCUUUUAAUUAUUUGUGCAGUUGUAAAGAAACUUUGAAUAUAAAUAUAUAUAUAUUGCUGGAUGCGGAGCAGGAUGGUCAGAGCGGCGGCCAUGUUCUUUCUGUACACUGUUGACAUUGGAAUGUUUCAGUGGGUUAAUAAACCAAAUAAAACAAAAA